AGAACUUUCGUACGCUCCCCGAAACCCACUUGAGUGUCGCUCGCUUCUGCAUCGAGGUUUAUCUGUCUUAUCUUACGAAGCCGUCGUUCACGCAUUUAUCGCGCACUCCUUCGUGACCACGUCUUCGGCGUCGCCUUCAGCUUCUUAUACCAGGGGCAUCUAAAAGGUUCGUGAAUGAUUGGCACAAACAGGAGACCUGAAAAUUUCCAUGGCGAAAACGACUGAGCAAAUGGAGAUGACCUCGAAGCAACAUUCAAGCCAGAGCUAUGCAGAGAAGGGCGACCACAUCGCAAUGCGCGAGAACACCAAUCUGCAAGACGGUGCGCUUCCUCCCGUGUUAAUUAUGAGCCGAAGGAGCAUCUUCAAAAACGUUCUAGUUGUUAGCUCUGGCUUCCUUCUGUUGUUCACAGCAUUUCAAUCUGUUUCCAACCUCCAGAGCAGCAUCAAUUCGGAGCAGGGUCUUGGGACGUAUACCCUCGCAACCAUCUACGUUGCACUGGUGGUGUCGUGCAUGUUCGUGCCCACGUUCAUGAUUAGCCGGCUGGGUCUCAAGUACACGCUCGUUGUGUCCAUGCUCAUGUACGCGGUGUACUUCAUCGCUAAUUUUUACCCGACGUGGUUCACGAUGAUCCCGGCGUCCAUCAUUCUGGGCCUUGGUGGUGCUCCACUGUGGACAGCCAAGUGCGCUUACCUGACAACCCUGGCUUCCGAGUACGCCCGGCAGACAGGACAAAAGACGGUCGACGUGGUGACGCGAUUUUUUGGCGUUUUUUUCAUGGUUUUCCAGACAGCUCAGAUCUGGGGCAACCUCAUCUCUUAUUAUGUUCUCAAGCCCGGUGGCCCGCCUGCCAACGCCACACUGAACUUUAGCGUCGAAAGCUGUGGGGUGAACUUCGUAACUGCGGAAGAGAUCACGGACAACGCCAACUUACAGCCUCCGGAUAGCUCUAAGUUGUACACAUUGAUGAGCAUCUACACCGUGUGCGCUUUCCUUUCGGCACUCAGUGUACUGGUGCUCCUCGACCCUCUUGCGACGCAGCCGAACGGGGAUACUAAAAAAAGGUCUUCUUUUGGUCUGCUGGUGGAGACCUUGAGGCACAUGCGCAAGCCUUACCAAUGGGCCAUCGUGCCCCUGACAAUCUACAGCGGUGUUGAGCAAGCCUUUCUGGUCGGCGACUUUAAUCAGGCGUAUGUAAGCUGUUCCUUGGGCAUCCAUAACGUCGGCUUCGUGAUGAUCACGUUUGGACUUACAGAUGCUAUUUUUUCGAUGGUGUUUGGGUCUAUCAUCAAAGUCGUUGGCAGGAUACCCAUCUUUGUCUUUGGUGCCAUGGUCAACGCGGCCAUCAUCAUGUUGUUGUACCUUUGGAAAUCAUCUCCCGAAGAGCCUUACGUCUUCUUUAUUAUCGCUGGCUGCUGGGGCUUAGGAGACGCAGUUUGGCAGACCCAAGUGAACGCGUUUUACGGCAUAGUGUUUGCGGACAGCGAGGAAGGGGCCUUCGCCAACUACCGUCUCUGGGAGUCUCUUGGUUUCAUCGUGGCGUUUGCUGUCCAGAAAGUGCUUCUCGUCACUCACAAGCUCCUGUUGCUAACGGUCCUCCUCUCUGCCGGCAUGAUCGGAUACCUCUUUAUUGAAAUACAUCUCAAGCUGAAGAAGCGAAGAAAACUUACGCUACAGUGAUAGGAUAGCAUUCGGGAAGUAAUAAGUAUUUUAAUUUGCCCUUGACGGGGUCCUAUUGACUAACUUUUUUUGACGCAUUCGAGACAAACAGUUCGGUGAACGAUUUUAUACAAUUAUUUUUUUUCACCUAGUACACAUCAUUUAUUCUUCAGCUGUCGGGUGAAGUGGAACCUUUUCAGGGCCGUGUGAUUGGCCGGUGAUGCUAAUAAAGUGAGGUGUAUUUAUUUUAA